CCGAGCUGGACGCAAACGUUCUGCCGAUGCUGUGAGCUCUCGGCUGUUCAGAUGACAAUUAUCUCCGGUUUCCUGUAUGUAGCGAUGCUACUGCUAUCUGCGGCGGCAGUCUCAGGAGAGACCACCAUAGCACCCUCCCACCGCUGCCCGCAGGCUUGUGACUGCUCAUCAGACGAUGGUACACAUGUUACAGUGGUGUGCGAUCGCGGUGGUAUGUCCGGCUCCGUGCCCACGGGCGAGAUGCCCGCCGCCCUGGUACGACAGCUUCGCAUUGUCGGUCCCGCUCGCGGACCACCCAAUCACCUCACCAUCGGGCCGCUCUUCCACAACUUCUCCAGCCUGCUCUCGCUCGUCGUCACCAAUUCCGGAGUGCCUGCUCUCGGCUCCAGGUCCUUCGUCGGACUCAUCGCGCUCCAAGAGCUGGACCUGUCGGGGAACGCGGUGAGCCACGUGUCCGGAGAGGCGCUGGUGGGCGUGCCGGCGCUACGCUCCCUAAGCCUGGCGAACAACCGCGUCGAGUCUGCGCCCAGCGGCGCCUUCCGGCACGCGGCCAGCCUGCGCCGCCUCUCGCUGGCCGGCAAUCGGCUGGCGACCCUGCAGCCGCGGCUCUUCCGCGGGCUCAGCCACCUGCAAGCUCUAGACCUCAGCGGGAACCCGCUGUCGCGCCUCGACGAUGCCGUCUUCUGGGACGUGCAGAUUGCUCAGCGGACGUAUGUGGAGCUGCUGGCCCGAAUCCGCGGCGGCGACCAGCGAGCGAGGCCUCAGCUGCUGGGUGAGCGGCGCCUGCAGCUGGCUAACCGCACAGUCAGGUACAGUGCCUGA